AUGACUAUGGGAGACCAGUCUUUAAAAGGCCAGAAGUUUUGUCCCUGGAAGCUCGUCCAAUCUUAUCCCUAUCUAUUUGCCAGUCAGAAGAAUCAAGAAGAGGCUCUAAAGCUCUAUACGUCGAUACUAUUCGAAAAUCGCAUCUGGGAUUUUUUCUGCCUGCUAGAUCCUGGCAAAACUGGUAGAAAUCCUCUUCUACUAGUCCCUAGCGCCCAAUUCCUGGAAAUUCUAAAGCAUGUUAACUCUCAUCUAACUUUACAACUCGACAUCCCAAAGGGCAAGGCCGGUAAGAACUUCUUCGCUACCUUUGGGGAUUCGGAUACGCCUCUUCCUCGCUUCCUAGGCCGUGCUAGUACUUCUGCUGCUGUCGACGAGCUUAAGCUCCGUAUUCACAGACUGCCUAUGGACGAUUUGGCUCAUCUUAGCGCCACUGCCCUGCAGAACUACAGAGUGAAGGUGGAUAAGUUGUAUAAAUCACUCAAGUCGGUCAAUAAAAAGGCAAAAGCGAAGGCAUCAACGAUCCAGAGAAAUAUCGAGCGCCAGAAGAGUUACGGACGGAUGACCAAGCGAGCACAGAGAUACCUUGGGCUUCGAGGCCGCCCCGGAUAUCCACCUAGCUUAGAUGUUACGGCCACGGAUUGGAACGUGGAUAUGCCAGUACCCUUCAAAGCUGAAAGCUCCAUACGAUUUGUCUCUGUUGACAUCGAGGCAUGGGAAGACUCGCUCAACGUAAUCACAGAAGUGGGCCUAGCAAUCCUUGACACUCAAGACACCAUAAGUAUUCCUCCUUGUAAAGAUGGCCGCGGAUGGUUCCCAUUGAUUAAGUCACACCACUUCAUAAUCGAAGAGCAUAAACAUAGGAUAAACUACAAAUAUGUCCACGGGUGUCCUGGACGAUUCAACUUUGGCGAUUCCGAAUUUGUUAGUGAAGAUGAAAUUGGUAAGGUAAUUGGCAAGAUUAUCGGAGACAAUGAGUCUCCGGAUCAAAGACCUGUCAUCAUGGUAGGACACCAAGGCAGCCAAGACUUAGCUUACCUCAAGAAACUCGGAUAUAACAUCUGGCAGGUACCACAAUUUAUAGACGAGAUGGAUACGAGGUCGAUGUUUCAGCAUCUAGAAAGAAACUCUAAAGGUCGUGGUCUCAAAAAUCUUUGCGAAAGUUUAGGGAUGUUAUGUAGGAAUUUCCACAACGCGGGCAACGAUGCAACAUAUACACUGCGCGCUAUGAUCAGUAUCGCGGUCAGGCAGAUGACGAAUAGCUCCGGGGGGCAGAGGGGGGGAAAUUCUAAUGAAUCAGAGUAAG